AUGACACCCGUGCCUCCAACCGUGUCGCCCACAAUGCCUCCAACAACUGUUCCGCCAACAAUGAGACCCGUGUCAUUGUCUGACCUUCUCCCAAGCUAUUCAAAGCUCGCAUUGGUGGAUCCAGCGUCACCACAAUCAAACGCACGUACAUGUAUUUGGGUUGAAGCUCAUCCCGAAUACAAUGCGAUGGGGGGAUGGAGAAAGCUGCAAUUGUUUUCCCUAGUGACCAUUUACUAUGCCAUGGGUGGACCCGUAACAUGGAGUGAGAAUACAAGAGGCAAUUGGUUGGAUGCGACCAUUCAUGAGUGUUUUUGGCCAGAAACUUCGCCAAACUGUGUUGAUAAUCAAAGCUAUCAAAGAUUGAAGUUUGACGGCGACGGGGGGAUCGUAGGAAUGAUUUCUCCCGAAAUUGGCCUGUUGACAUUGUUGACAUCGUUGGAACUUGAAAGAUGGGCCCCAUUCAAACCAGACGGAGGUCUCACCAAAUCCAUUCCCACAACAAUUGGACUUUUGACAGCACUGUCAACGAUUCAAAUAUCGAAUAAUCCCUUCACCGGCUUCAUUCCGACGGAAAUCGGGUUGUUGACGUUGUUGUCAUUCUUGCGGUGUGGAAGUGGUGCAUUCCGAGGCCCCUUUCCAACUCAAAUAGGAUUGUUGACAGCGAUGGAAUAUUUGUAUUUUGCUGCCUCCAGCAUGACUGGAACCCUGCCAAGCGAGCUGGGACUGAUGCUGCCUUGA